AUUAUUAGGUUUCAGAUCAUUAUUUUAGAAGUUAAAAGUAUGCAGGCUAACUCUGGCAGUUUUUGGUGUUUUAUUGAUUUUUGGGGCGACAUAGAAUGGAGAUGAGAGGGGGUCUUAGAAGUUCUUUGAUCACGUAUCUGUGUUACAAUAGUUCUUUCAUAGAAUGUCACUUAGUAAUAGUCUUAAAAUUUCUAUUAAUUCUAAAACAGUAUGUCCUGAAACAUUUUUAAUAUUCUAGUAUCUUACAUUCUCACUGUAAGACAUUAUUUGUAUCUAUCUAGACAAUUAAGUGGUUUACAUAAAUUCAGUGUAGUCAGUCCUAAACACUAUAUGUUAUAUAUAAUAUAAAUAUAAGAAUACUUUUUCACUGUAUCCUACAUAUUUUCACUUUCAUUGCAUUUUCUUUAAAGUAUACACAAAUAUUGGCUAAAUAGUGCAGUUCUUAAUCUAUGUUAAUAAAAAUAGGUAAUAACAUCUAAAAAUGACAACCCCUGUAACGUAGUGGUGGAUUGGUUCUAAACAUGUUCGUGGUUGUUGGUGCCCUUAUUGAAAAUUAGACAAAUAUAAACGAUGGUGGAGUGUGGAGUUCAAAAUUUACGGAAAAGUGUAAAAGUAUUUGUGUUCUCCAAGACCCUAAGAGAUGUCACAAAAAUAAGCAUCAUUCCAAGGAACAUUUAAAUUUUCAGAAUACGACAUUUUAUUUUUCCAAAUGCUUUUCAUUCUUGGGGAGAGAAAUACUGAGUAUCAUCUAUGCAUAUUUAGCAGAAAUAAGACCCCUAUGUAUUGAUGGUUUCAGCAGAACGGUGCAGUAUUAAGUUAGGACUCUAAGCGUCGCUGUUCACUAACCCGGGUAAGGAGAGCAGUGAGAACUCGAGUUAUAUCCUCAAAGCACAAAGCAGAUUAUACAGGAAAAGCUCUGCCGCUGUGCAGAAAGCCUUCCCUAAAUCGAUUCGCAUCUGAUCGCUGCUUGUUUAUUGGCCUUGACCGCCAAUUCUGAGACGCUCCAAACUGAUGCGAACGUGUUCCGCCUGCUUAUAAUCCCAGGGAAGUCCAGAACGAGCCAGUAAUGGCGGUUCUGCAAAGCCGCUGGCAUUAUUGCGGGUUGAUCCUGCUCUUCGUACUCCUGGGGACGCUGUGGGAGGCCAGGGCCGGGCAGAUCCAUUACUCCAUUCCUGAGGAGCUGGACAAAGGCUCCUUCGUGGGCAACAUUGCCAGGGAUCUCGGGCUGGAGCCCCAGGAGCUGGCAGAGCGGGGAGUCCGCAUCGUCUCCAGAGGUAGGACGCAGCUCUUUGCUCUGAACUCGCGAAGCGGCAGCUUGGUCACCGCGGGCAGGAUAGACCGAGAGGAGAUCUGCGCUCAGAGGGCUCGGUGUCUGGUGAAUUUUAACAUCCUUGUUGAGGAUAAAUUGAAUCUUUUCCCCGUGGAAGUGGAAAUAAUGGACAUUAAUGACAAUGCACCCCGAUUUUUAAGGGAAGAAUUGGAAGUAAAAAUUACCGAAAACGCAGCCUUAUCCUCUCGAUUUCCACUAAUGGAGGUCUAUGACCCGGAUGUGGGAGUGAACUCUCUCCAGGGCUGCAAGCUCAGCGAGAAUAGUCACUUCUCCGUGGAAAUGCCAGGUAAAGCUGAUGGGCCCAAAUACCCAGAGCUGGUGCUGGUGCGCGCGCUGGACCGGGAGGAACAGGCCAUUCACCACCUGGUCUUUACCGCCAUGGAUGGCGGUGACCCUGCCCGCUCCAGUGUGGCUCGAAUCUUGGUAACUGUCCUAGAUGCAAAUGACAACGCUCCAGUCUUUACUCAGCCUGUGUAUCGUGUGAGUGUCCCUGAAAAUCUACCAGUAGGUACGCCGGUGUUGUCGGUAAAUGCCACGGACCAGGAUGAAGGAGUUCACGCGGAAGUAACAUAUUCUUUAGUGAGGAUAACAGAAAAAAUCUCAAAGACUUUCUGCCUGAAUGUUUUGACUGGAGAGAUAGCAACUUCUGCAAUUCUGGACUAUGAAGACACCAGCUUUUAUGAGCUGGAUAUUGAAGCCCGGGAUCGCCCAGGUCUACAAGACAGAGCCAAAGUCUUAAUUACUAUCUUGGAUGUGAAUGACAAUGUACCAGAAGUGGUAGUUACAUCUGGAAGCAGAUCAGUUGCUGAAAGUACACCACCAGGCACAGUGAUCAUUCUUUUUCAAGUAUAUGAUCGAGACUCUGGACUGAAUGGCCUGGUAACAUGUUCUAUCUCAGAAAGUUUGCCAUUUGAACUGGAAAAAUCAGUAGACAAUUAUUAUCGACUAGUGACAAAUACAGUUCUAGAUCGAGAACAGGUAUCCACAUACAACAUCACUGUGACAGCCACCGACAAAGGAAUGCCGCCUCUGUCUAUGGAAAUGUUCAUCUCCCUAAAUGUGGCAGACAUCAAUGAUAACCCACCUGCUUUUCCCCAUACCUCCUACUCUGUCUACAUUCCAGAGAACAAUCCCAGAGGUGCCUCCAUUUUCUCAGUAACUGCACAUGACCCUGACAAUCGUGAGAAUGCCCAGGUUACCUAUUCCUUAGCUGAAGACACCAUCCAGGGGGUACCUCUGUCCUCCUACAUCUCCAUCAACUCUGACACUGGCAUCCUGUAUGCAUUGCACUCCUUCGACUAUGAGCAGUUCCGUGACCUGCAGUUGAGAGUGAUUGCAAGUGACAGUGGGGACCCACCACUCAGCAGCAAUGUGUCUCUGAGCAUAUUUGUGCUGGACCAGAAUGACAACACACCUGAGAUUCUGUACCCUGCGCUCCCUACUGAUGGCUCUACUGGCGUGGAGCUGGCACCUCGCUCUGCAGAGCCAGGCUACCUGGUCACCAAGGUGGUGGCAGUGGACAGAGAUUCAGGCCAGAACGCCUGGCUGUCCUACCGCCUGCUCAAGGCCAGUGAGCCAGGGCUCUUUGUGGUGGGACUGCACACGGGCGAGGUGCGCACAGCGCGGGCGCUGCUGGACAGAGAUGCACUCAAGCAGAGCCUGGUGGUGGCGGUCCAGGAUCAUGGGCAGCCUCCUCUCUCGGCCACUGUCACGCUCACGGUGGCUGUGGCUGACAGCAUCCCAGAUGUCCUGGCGGACCUGGGCAGCCUGGAGGUCCCGCACGACUCUGAUGCUUCAGGCCUCACGCUGUACCUGGUGGUGGCUGUGGCCGCGGUCUCCUGUGUCUUCCUCGCCUUUGUCAUCGUGCUACUGGCGCUCAGACUGCGGCAUUGGCACACGUCGCGUCUGCUCCAGGCUUCGGGCAGCGGGUUGGCUGGCGUGCCGGCGUCUCAGUUUGUGGGCGUGGACGGGGUGCGGGCUUUCCUGCAGACCUAUUCGCACGAGGUCUCGCUCACCGCGGACUCUCGGGGGAGUCACGUGAUCUUCCCGCAGCCGAACUAUGCGGACACGCUCAUCAGUCAGGAGAGCUGUGAGAAAAGCGAGCCUCUCUUGAUUCAGGAAGAUUUUUGUAAAGAGCAAGACUCCGCUGUUCAGCAGAGAUGCAUGAAUUGAAGAAAUGAAAGAAUU